CACACAAAACUGUGUCACAAAAUAAAAAAGAUGAAGAAUUUACUUCCAACCUAAGAAAAUCGGCCCAGUUCCAAAUUCCAAGAUGAAUUUUGUUAAAAAUAUAUUUCAAAUAAUACCCCAACCGGCUUAUAAUCUGCAACAAGUGAGAUAUAAAUGGGCCAACCACUGGAUGGCUAGAGACGUUAAAAGAAGGAAAAUUGUAACAGAGCUGGCCCCCACUAGACUGCGUAUCAAUUCAAUGAGAAGAAACAACAUCUUACCUCCAGAAAUUAGGGAAAUAGCCGACGCAGAAAUAAAGGCUAUGCCAAACAAUUCAUCCCCGCUUCAAAUCCAUAGUAGGUGCGUGAUCACUUCGAGACCAAGAGGUGUAGUGUUCCGUUGGAGACUCAGUCGUAUAGUUUUCAGACAUCUAGCCGAUUACAAUAAGCUUUCCGGCGUACAAAGAGCCAUGUGGUAGAAAUAUUUAAUUACAAUAUAUGAUGUAUUAGUGAUAUUAAAGUAUGUGUUGUUUAA